GAUUUAGAAUGUCAGAAUGUUCGAAUCAUAUGAACCCCAUCCCGAAGCUGGAUGAUGAUCGUGGCAGUUAGUUUCCAGUCGACUCUCCAUCCGGAUUAACGUGCCUACUUUCUUCUGCCUCUGAUGUUGGCAAUUGAACAGAAUCAAUCUUCUCAAGUGGUUUAGCCGAGUUAUGUAACAACUGAACGAUGUGGAGUGUUCAACGAGUUGCAGUUCAUUUAUUCCUGACGGUGGCUGGUAGCUGUAUUGUGGUGGGAAAAUUCUGUAGUGAAAGUGAAAAAGUGCCCAAAUUAGUGCAGAACGUUACCAAAGGAGUGGAAUAUGGAGUGUGUAACUAUUACUGCAUGUUCGGGGAGCAUACCUUACCGGUUACGGUGACCGUUGAAAAGUUGUCAUGUGCUUUGGAGUACGAAACUCGCAAGAAGCAGGUUUGCUGUGAAGGUUAUCACCGUUACGGAAACGAAUGUCUUCCUUCGUGUAAGCAUAAGUGCAUCUUCGGUGAAUGUACUGCACCGGAAACGUGCAGCUGCUAUGGUGGUUACAGAAAAGUGAACGAAUUCCUUUGUGAGCCAGUAUGUGAUUCUCCAUGUGAUAAUGGGCGCUGCGUUGCCCCAAACUCGUGUAUCUGUGAUGAAGGGUACGAGAAAAAUUCGGAGGGAAAAUGCGUGAUGAGAUGCAGCAAGCAAUGCAAAUUUGGAUGGUGUGAAGAAAAUGAAUGUCGAUGCCAUGAGGGAUAUUCGUUGGAUCCAGUAGAUGAUGGGCGAUGUGUGGCUCAGUGUGAACCAGACUGCCAGAAUGGAAACUGUGUGCAGCCGAACAUUUGUCAGUGUUUGCCAGGCUACACCCUGUCUCCGGUGUUCCCCUUUUUGUGCGAGCCUGUAUGCACCGGCAACUGCCAUAACUGCAUCGCUCCGGAAACAUGUCUUUGCGAGGAAGGCUACCAGCUGAACGAUCAGAAGGAAUGCGCUCCUCUAUGCGACAGCGUGGACUGCACCAACGGAUUCUGCGCUCAUCCGGAAGUAUGCCAGUGCAACGACGGCUACCAGUUCGUGGAAGGCGAAUGCAUUCCGUUGUGUGGCGACGAUUGCGUCAACGGCGAGUGCGUUGCUCCGGGGGUUUGCGUCUGCGAUGAUCUGUAUCGGAUGGGCACGAAUGGGACGUGUGAACCGUAUUGUCCGGAAGGCUGUUUGAACGGCGACUGCGUGGGUCCGGGGGUUUGCCGAUGCAAGGAUGGAUUUGAAGUAGGUUCGGCGAAUGGGAUUUGUGAGCCACGGUGCAGCAGACCGUGUGAGAACGGUAUUUGUGCGGGACCCGAUCAAUGUGUUUGCAGCGAGGGAUUCCAGUUGGACCGAAAGGAUGGAAGCAAGUGUGUCCCGAAGUGUGAGAAACCAUGCGUUCACGGAAGAUGUGUGGCGCCGGAUGUUUGCGAGUGCAAUAAAGGAUACGUGAAAUUGGAAAACAGCCGCAACGUGUGUGAAGCGAAGUGCACGAACGGGUGCUCAAAUGGAAUCUGUGUCGGUCCGGAACGCUGUGAAUGCCUUCCCGGUUAUUUUGCAACCACGAGCGCACUGAGUUCAAAGAAAUCGAUCUGCACGCCCUACUGCAAGAACAAGUGUGUCAAUGCAUACUGUAUUAAGCCGAACGUUUGCCAGUGUAUUUCCGGGUAUCAAUUUGCGGACAAUAGCAGUAGCGUGUGCGAACCAAUUUGCGACGCAGGAUUGGUGGACUGUACAAACGGACAGUGCAUCCAGCCCAAUAUCUGCGAGUGUAAUGAAGGCUUUGUGCUAGCGAUACGCGAUGGAAGGAUGGCCUGUGAGCCGAAACCUUGCGAUCGUGUCUGUGUGAAUGGGUUUUGCGUUGGGAACGAUCAGUGCAGUUGCCAGGAAGGGUACCGGAAGUCACCGAUGUACGACUUCAUCUGUGAGCCAGUUUGUGGUGAUGGAUGCGUUGAAGGGGUGUGCAUCGCUCCUGGAUUGUGCGUUUGUAAAGAAGGGUUCAGCGUAGGAGAAGAUGGGACUUGUCAACCAUUGUGUACGGAAGUGGAUUGCAGUAAUGGGGUAUGUUUGGGCAACGACCAGUGCCUGUGUAACGACGGGUUCCAGUUGAAGAGGAACGUCAAGGGUAUAUUGGAAUGUGCUCCUUUGUGUGGAUCAAGUUGUUUAAACGGCCGCUGUAUAGCUCCUGGACAUUGUGAAUGUGACGAAGGGUAUCAGUUGCAUGAAGUUUUGGAUAUAUGUGAACCGUUAUGCAACCCACCUUGCACUAAUGGCGAAUGUGUGGAGCCAGAUCUCUGCACUUGCUAUGAGGGAUUUGUUCCGGAAAAUGAGGAGUUGUUCGACUUAAGUCACGUGUGUGUUCCUUUCUGUGAUCCGAACGUUGUAGACUGCAGUGAUGGAUAUUGUGUAGGAAACAACCUGUGUCAAUGCAACGACGGAUUCUAUUCAAUUGUUGAGAGUGGUGUUAGAACUUGUCUACCUGUUCCCGAGCCUACCAUUGUGGAAUGUGAUGUUCCGACUACUUCUACGACAACAGUCCAACCCGAAUGCAUAUGCGAGACGCCGAAUCCAUGCCCUUUGGUCACUUGCCCCCCUAUUCCGGAAACAACACCGACUCCAAGCUGUGACUAUACUUGUCCCGAACCAGCUCCAUGCCCUGAAGUGCAGUGUCCAACAGUUCCUCCGACUACUACCGAAACCUUCAAGCCGUGUGAAUGUGCUACCCAAGCUCCUUGCCCAGUAAUUGAAUGUCCUCCACCGAUCAUUAUGGAAUGUCCUACUCCGGAGCCAGAGCUUAAAUCGGAAGAAGUCGCACAGUAUAUCUGUGACGAUAGCUACGUCGACUGCAGUCAUGGAACGUGCCUGGGAAACAACAUCUGUGAGUGCAAUCCGGGAUAUCGCAGAGGUGUCGGAGAACAGGAAGUGAUUGUUUGUGAACCGGUAUGUGAGAAAGCUUGCGUGAAUGGAGUCUGUGUAGCGCCGGAAGUUUGCGAGUGUUUCGUUGGGUAUGCGGAUCAUGGCGAUGGAUUGUGUCGGCCCAUCUGCGAAGAGCCUUGCGUGAAUGGAGAAUGUAUUGCGCCGAAUGUAUGCCGUUGUGCCGUUGGAUAUGAAGAGGAAUGGGAUGGGAUGUGCCGUAAGAAGUGUGAGCCUGAGUGUCGCAAUGGGAUUUGCUUGAAUGGAGAGUGCGUUUGUGACGAAGGAUACGUGCUAGAUCGUGAAAAUGUUUGUAGCGAGGUAGAAGUAGAGAAUGUGGAAAGCGAUGAGGUUGAGGUUGACGGUCGCCAUGUAGGAGUUUUGCAGAGUACGUUUGAUGCUGAAUGCGAGGAUGGGUAUGAGAUGAAGGAAGGCUUUGAGGAAUGCGUGCCGGUAUGUGAUGAUUGUGAUAACGGAAGUUGUGUAGCACCUGGUGAAUGUGAGUGCCUCGAAGGAUUCGUUCGAAUGUAUACUGAAGGAGAGGGAUCUUGUAAACCAACAAUGGCAACUGAAUCAUCAGUUGAAGGAACUAGUAGAUCAGAAACUGCAGAAAUGAAAGCUGCAGAACAGGUUGAAGUUCGCAGAGAAGAAAAAUUCAGCUUCAUAUCAAUUUUCAAUCGCACUCAUCUGUUGAUAGCGGCUGUUUCUGCGGCAGUUGCCUUAGUCUUAAUGCUGGUGUCAUAUUGGGUUUGCUCUUACAUUAGCAGACCUACUCCCAUUCCCACCGAAACAAUGAUUGAUUGAGAACAAAAGCUGAAUAAUUCAUCUACUAACCCACCUAGUAUUCAUCAGUGCCACAUCUACAAAAAAAAAAAAACUUCGUUAUAUUUAUUCAAUGGUUUCGUAGUCGCUUAGAGAAAUAAAUAAAACACAGUACACGUUCGUUACCUAAAACUGA